AUGAAGUCGUGGUUAGCGUUUUUGUACGUUUUGGUAGCGCUAUUGCCAUUUAUUGGUGUUUUCGCUGAAACUAAUGAGACUGAAAGCUAUGGAACAGUGAUUGGGAUUGAUUUAGGAACCACUUAUUCAUGUGUUGGUGUCAUGAAGAAUGGAAAAGUUGAAAUCUUGGCUAAUGACCAGGGAAAUCGUAUUACACCAUCAUACGUUGCUUUCACGCCGGAAGAAAGGUUGAUUGGAGAUGCCGCCAAGAAUCAAGCAUCUUCUAACGUUAAGAAUACCGUGUUCGAUAUCAAGAGAUUGAUCGGAUUAAAAUACAAUGACAAAGUUGUGCAAAAAGAAAUCAAGCACUUGCCUUAUAAUAUCGAGAAGAAAGACGGUAAGCCCGUAGUUCAGGUUGAAUUCAACGAUGAGAAGAAGACAUUUUCACCGGAGGAGAUUUCAGGGAUGAUCUUGGGUAAGAUGAAGUCGAUAGCCGAAGAAUAUUUGGGUAGUAAAGUAACACAUGCUGUUGUGACAGUGCCAGCUUACUUCAAUGAUGCUCAAAGACAGGCAACGAAAGACGCUGGUACCAUUGCUGGUUUGAAUGUUUUGAGAAUUGUCAAUGAGCCAACUGCUGCAGCCAUUGCUUAUGGUUUGGACAAAACCGAUGGCGAGAAACAAAUCAUCGUCUAUGACUUAGGUGGUGGUACAUUUGAUGUUUCUCUUUUGUCAAUUGAAGGCGGUGUUUUCGAAGUUUUGGCCACUGCUGGUGAUACGCACUUAGGUGGUGAAGAUUUUGACUUCAAAAUAGUAAGGUACUUAUCUAAAGUCUUCAAGAAGAAACAUGGAAUUGAUGUCUCUUCAAAUAUAAAGGCAAUUUCUAAAUUAAAGAGAGAAGCUGAAAAAGCCAAGAGAACUUUAUCAUCACAGAUGUCAACUAGAGUGGAAAUCGAUUCAUUCGUUGAUGGUAUUGAUUUCUCAGAAACUCUUUCAAGAGCCAAGUUUGAAGAGUUGAACAUUGACUCAUUCAAGAGAACAUUGAAACCAGUUGAACAAGUUUUGAAAGACGGUGGAGUAAAGAAAUCUGAAAUUGAUGACAUCGUAUUAGUCGGAGGUUCUACUAGGAUUCCAAAAGUUCAGCAAUUAUUAGAAGAUUUCUUUGAUGGAAAGAAGGCUUCUAAGGGUAUCAACCCGGAUGAGGCUGUAGCUUAUGGAGCAGCUGUUCAGGCUGGUGUUUUGUCCGGUGAAGAUGGUGUAGAUGACAUUGUCUUAUUGGAUGUCAAUCCUUUAACUCUAGGCAUUGAAACCACUGGUGGUGUUAUGACCACUUUGAUCAACAGAAACACUGCCAUUCCGACUAAGAAGUCUCAAAUCUUCUCCACAGCUGCUGAUAAUCAGCCAACAGUUUUGAUUCAAGUUUACGAAGGUGAAAGGGCCUUAGCAAAAGACAAUAAUAGAUUAGGAAAGUUUGAAUUGACUGGAAUUCCUCCUUCACCAAGAGGAGUCCCCCAGAUUGAAGUUACUUUCUCUUUAGAUGCUAAUGGUAUUUUGAAAGUUGAAGCCAUGGAUAAGGGCACAGGUAAAUCUGAGUCAAUCACUAUUACAAAUGAUAAGGGUAGAUUGUCUAAGGAAGAUAUUGAUAGAAUGGUUGAAGAAGCUGAGAAGUACGCUCAACAAGAUUCAGAAAUCAAAGCUAAGAUCGAAUCCAGAAACUCAUUGGAGAACUUCGUUUCUUUGUUAAAGAGUCAAGUCAGUGAUGAAAAGGGCUUGGGAGGUAAAUUGGAUGCUGAUGAUAAAGAAACUUUAGAUGAUGCUAUUCAAGAAACUUUAGAUUUUAUUAAUGAGAACUACAACACUGCCACUGCCGAAGAGUUUGACGAGCAAAAGAAGAAAUUAUCUGAUGUUGCUAACCCAAUUACUGCUAAAUUAUACGCCGGUGGUGCCGGUCCAGAUGCUGAAGAUGCUCAAUUCGGUGACGAUGACUCUGAUGAUGAAUUUGACCAUGAUGAACUUUAG